GGGCCUGAUGCUUGACGGAUCACUCUUCAAUGUGCUCUUCGAGGGCUGUGUUUCCCCCCACACGAUGUCUAAUCUUGGAGGUACAUGUCGGUUUAGAUAAAUUCUGAUAAAUCUCCCCAUGUAUCCCAACACCGAAACACCGUUCCCAUAAUCGAUUCGAUCAAUAUCUCCAUCAUUACCUUGACACAUCUGCUAGUUUCCCCUGAUUCAUAACACCAGACGGCGCGGAAAGAUCACGACCAAACGAGAGGCCAGAAAGGCAUACGCUCCUUUCUUAAACCAAGGCUUUUACUGAGUACAAUUGGUGUCGUCCCCCCAAGAAUCUCCUCUGUCACCAUGGCCGCUCCUAGCCCUCGACGACCAAUCGUUGGCUCCGUCGCAGGCUUCGUGUCGUCGACCAACAUUGACCGCCGGACCUGCCAGCGCGUUGUACCAAUGAAGGUCCUAUGCCUGGGACUCUCACGUACAGGGACGGCAUCCUUGCGACAGGCGUUGCUUGAUUUGCACUAUGAGGACGUGUAUCACUUCGCUUCCGUGCUCCAGGAAAACCCUCGGGAUGCCGAGAUGUGGAUCGAUGCCAUACGGGCCAAAUUUCAUGGUGAAGGCAAAACGUUCGGACGCAAGGAAUGGGAUCAAUUGCUGGGCCAUUGUAUGGUACGUGGUUUCCUCAGCGGUUCUUAAGUUCUUGACUCCGCAGUCUGCUAGCAAUUUUGCAAUUUUCGGCACUGCUUGGCCGUCCAUUCUCAUGACCAGAAAAAGAGCACUGAUCAGCUGAAACGAUUCUUGACCAGGCCGUAACAGACUCUCCAUGUGUUUUCUUCGACAAAGAGCUUCUGGAAGCAUACCCCGACGCCAAGGUGAUCUUAACAGUGCGGGACUCACCCCAACAAUGGGUCGACAGCCAGAUGAACACGAUCGUGCAAUAUGC